CGCUUCUCCGGCGGGAACGUGUGUCCAGCUUGGCUGCCCUUCGGUCCUUCCCGGCCCUUUUGCGCCCCGCGCCCCCCGCCCCAGCUAGCUUCUCUCCGAAGCGGGCGGAGCACCCAGCAGCUUCCUGCCGCCCCAGCACCCUGAUCCGGAGGUCGGCGCUCUCCAGGACUCCUGCCCCGCCGACCCUGACCGCCAGGGGGUGCCCCAGGGGCGUAGCGUCGCGGAGAAGACGAGGCAAACGGGACCAUGCGGCGCCUGAAUCGCCGCUUGGCUCUGCCGAUCUUCGGGGUGCUCUGGAUCACCGUGCUGCUGUUCUUCUGGGUAACCAAGAAGAAGUUCGAGCUGCCGCCGGGACCUGAAGUGCAGACCCCCAAGAAUUUGGACACUGACUGGGAAGACCUGUGGGACCAGUUUGAUGAGCGGCGGUAUCUGAACGCCAAAAAGUGGCGCAUUGGUGACGAUCCCUAUAAGCUGUAUGCUUUCAACCAGCGGGAAAGCGAGCGGAUCUCCAGCAAUCGGGCCGUCCCGGACACUCGCCAUUUGAGGUGCACCCUGCUGGUGUACUGUGCGGACCUGCCCCCGACCAGCAUCAUCAUCACCUUCCACAACGAGGCCCGCUCCACCCUGCUCAGAACCAUCCGUAGCGUACUGAACCGCACUCCUAUGAAUCUGAUCCAGGAAAUCAUACUGGUGGAUGACUUCAGCAAUGACCCUGAUGACUGCAGUCAACUCAUCAAGUUGCCCAAGGUAAAAUGCAUCCGCAACACAGAGCGGCAAGGUCUGGUCCGGUCCCGAAUCCGGGGCGCCAGUGUUGCCCAGGGCACCACUCUGACCUUCCUUGACAGCCACUGUGAAGUGAACAGAGACUGGCUCCAGCCCCUGCUGCACAGAGUCAAAGAGGACUACACGCGGGUGGUGUGCCCCGUGAUUGACAUCAUCAGCUUGGACAACUUCAACUACAUCGAGUCGGCCGCGGAGCUCAGGGGCGGGUUUGACUGGAGCCUCCACUUCCAGUGGGAGCAGCUCUCCCCAGAGCAGAAGGCUCGGCGCCUGGACCCCACCGAGCCCAUCAGGACUCCGAUCAUCGCUGGAGGGCUCUUCGUGAUGGACAAAUCCUGGUUCGAAUACCUGGGGAAAUAUGAUACAGACAUGGACAUCUGGGGUGGAGAGAAUUUCGAAAUCUCCUUCAGAGUGUGGAUGUGCGGGGGCAGCCUCGAGAUCGUCCCCUGCAGCCGGGUGGGCCACGUCUUCCGGAAGAAGCACCCGUAUGUUUUCCCAGAUGGAAAUGCCAACACAUAUAUAAAGAACACCAAGAGGACGGCUGAAGUGUGGAUGGAUGAAUACAAGCAGUACUAUUAUGCUGCCCGGCCAUUCGCCCUGGAGAGGCCCUUUGGAAAUUCAUCUCGAAAGACAGGUGUGCCUCCUGCCGUGUUAGCCAGCCCUCCACCUGUACUCGGGAUCCACCUUUCAUCUGCAUUCAUUCAUAAGUCAACAUUUAUCCAGCUCCCUCCACCUGGAUUCAUUCUCUCCUGCCUCCUGGCUCAAGACUUCUCAAACUUUAAUGUGCACACACGUCUCCUGGAGAUCUUGUUAAAAUGUGGUUGCAUAUCUAAUAAACUCCCACCUGGGUGGUGCCGUGUUGCCUGUCUGAGGACCUCUCCUCGAAGAGCCAAGUUCUAGGGCAAUGCUUCCUAACCUAGCUUGCAUGUUGCAGUCACCUGGGGAGCUUCAAAAAUGACUGCUGCCACUCCCAGAGAGUUGACCUACUCUGAGGUAUGGCCUGGGCUGUAGAAUUUUUAAGAGGCAGCCACCCCACCCCCACCUCCAUGACUCUAAUGUGCAGACAGCGUGGGAACCACUGUUCUGGGGGACUUUGUCCUCCGCGGGUCUCCACUCUUCCUCAGCCCUGAUCUUUCCUCCCUACCGCAUGGUUCCCAUCUGCAUUUAAACUGAGACAGUGUCGUAAAGCUUAAAACUUAAACCAUUUAAAAAGGAAGAGAAGGAGGCGGGGAAAAACCUACAAAAACUUCUCCUCAAUCCAGCAUCACUCAUGCCCUUACAGCCCUGUCUGCUCCUUCAGGGCCACGCGUCAUGAGCUCCUGCCUGCGAGUGUUGUGGGCGGCUGUUCCCUGCUCCUCUCCUGAGUGUGAUCUGAGCCCCACCCCCACCUCCUGUUCCUGAGAGCCCCCACCUGGCUCACCCUGACCCCCUUGGGCCCCGUACAUCCUCUGUGUUACCCCAUCGGUCUUCUCCCUCCCAGCGCCUCCGGCGUAUCUCCGGCCACGGUUUCUGCACCUGCAAUCUCGUGCUGCUGCCCCCACUCCCCCUUCUUGGUCCCAUCUGCAGCCUCAGUUUCCUCUUUUCCACUUUGUAUGUGGUCUUCCACGAGGGUCUGUCCUCUCUGUCUUCGUACUGCGCCUUCUCCAAGUACAAACUGGACAUCUCCACCUGGAUGCCUCCCAGGCUCCUCUAACUCAAAUCCUGAAGAGAACUCGUCUCCUUCACUCUUAAGCUUGUUCCUCAUCCCGCAUCCCCCAUCUGCAUGAACACUCCUCCUUGUGUCCUGCUGCCCAAGUCAGAAAUCUGGGUGUCAGCCUUGACCCUUCCCUCCCCGUCUCUUCCCAUGUCCUGCAAUCACCAAGUCCCGAUGAUCCUGCGCCCUUCACACACUGAGCGCCUGGGUCUUUGCUUGAACACUCAACAUUCAGCUUUAAAAAAAAAAGUGACGUCAUUCCUCUGCUCACCCUACUUUGGGUCUGGUGAGGAAAUAUGCUCAGUGCUAAGUACACGUCCUGGCUGUGAAAGCACCUGGUCUAGUCAGGGCCGGAAGGAGGGGAGGCUGACCCAGUCAAGGUCGGUCCUCUGUGGUCACCCAGGAAGAACAAAGUGUCCAUGGAACCCAGGAGGGUGAUGGCAGUGCAGCUGGGGAGAAAUGGAGGGGCUUGGACCUGUCCCUUCUCUCCGUUCCACUCCCCAGUUUCCUACCUGAGAGUGUGAGCAGCUCCUGGGCUUCUGUGGCUGCCUCCCCCUGCCCGCCCCGUCUCCAGCUUUGCCCCAUCAGACCAGUUCGCCACCAGUAAGAUGCCCUGAAAGUGCAGACGUUGCCGCAUCAUGCUCUGCUAAGAGCCCAUCAGUUGCCUCCCAUUGCCUCAAAGUCCAGACUCCUCCCCAGUGGCCCCCAGACCCUUUACCAUCCGUUUCAUCAUCUCUUAUCCCAUUUACUUCCAAUCCGUCACCCCCACAUGCAUACAUUUGUGCACACGCUGCCCCUGCCACCAGACCAAUCUCCCUUUGCUAUUCCCCUGCCUCUACCUGGGGCCCCUGCCUCACCCACUUUCUGGUUUGUCUCGAUAGCGUCCACUUUUCCUUCCAGAUACCACCUUCACCAUUACCGCCUGGGCGAGCGUGGACCCAACAAGCAAGGGUGCGCCUCUGAGGGGCCCCCACAGUCCCCACAUGCCCACCCCACGUCCCCACAGGGUUGUGGUUGCUUGUUUCAUUACCUUUGUCAAUUGCUCAAAAGCUCGCCAUCCAUCAUUUCCCACAUGGGGCACAACGCCUGGCACACAGUAGGCGCUCAAUAAAUGUCUGAUGCAUAAAGACAUGACCAGGCACCAGAACCAGCCAAAGAAGAUGAUUCUUUGAGGGAGAGGUGGUCAGGAAUGAUAUUUUGACUACAGAAUCCAAAGAGGGAUUUGUGGAUAAGUAGACUCAGAGGCCUAGCAGUAAAUUAGCAACAACACCCUGAAUGUCCUUGUAGCCUUGUUUUUAAUGAAAAGUAAAAAACACCCCCAGAUCCCAUUUCCAAGUAAAAGCACAAACCCUCCGUGCGUGUCAUUACCACGCCAUUGUGAGAUAUUGCUAAGUGUUUCCAUAGCUGUGUCUGGAGCUCUCAAAAUCUGUCUCGGGUAAUUUCUCCAGUACCCUCCGGAGAGAGGUGGGUGCAGCGUGGGCAACAGCUUGUGUUUUGUGCCUCGGCCUCGGUACCUGUCUGUGACACAGCUGUGUUUUGUCUUUGUGUCUACCCCUGCCCCCAUCAC